CGUCCAGUCAUCUUCUAUCACGUUUCACGUACCUCCAACUAUAUCAUAAAAUUUGAAAAUUAUUUUUUAUAGUUGCAGGGUCAUCUAGGCUGAUACUCACUGGUAUUUGGGAAAACAAAAAUAAAUAGCCAUAUAUUUUUGUACAAAACCAUUCAAUCAUUCUUCUGUGCUCUGCCUGCCAAGUACUGAAAAUGAGCUCCAGCAAGACAAUGACUUCCAUAAAGUCCAAUUUUGCCUUUUCCAAGCGGCCAUUGACCCAGAAUUAGAAACUAGAUUCUAAAAAUUCUAUAUUAGUCCGAAAUCUUUGUGUACAGAAGUUGCCAUUUUCGCAAGUUCAUACACAUUUUAAGCAUUUCCGAGCUCGCAAUGUUAGUCCCAAGCUUUCUAAUUUAUCUCCUUCUAGCACCGUUCUCGGAUGUGGCUGAAGCAGCUCCACCAGGGUUGCAGAGGCUGACAAAAGGAUGGUCCUUGGCCGUUGAGGAAGAGAAUCAGUUCCUAAUUUCCCCAGAUGGAACUUUUUCUUCUGGGUUUUACAGGGUCGGCAACAAUUCCUUCUGUUAUUCAAUAUGGUUCGCAAAAAGUUCUGAUAAAACCGUCGUUUGGAUGGCCAACAGAGACAAGCCAGUUAAUGGGCAGAAAUCCAAACUGACCCUCGGCGGCGAUGGAAAUUUGGUACUAACCGAUGCCGAUGGCUCAAUCACAUGGUCUUCCAAGACCGUUACAAGACAGCAAAUCGAGCUUCGGCUUCUCGAAAAUGGGAAUCUGGUGCUGGUGAAUGAAACGGGAAAUUUCAUUUGGCAGAGCUUCGAUUCCCCAACGGAUACUCUGCUUCCUCAGCAACAAUUUCUCAAGAAUUCGACGUUGGUCUCAAUGAGAAGUCCAGGUACAUAUUUUUCUGGGUUCUAUUACCUCAAAUUCAACGACGACAAUGUUCUAAAUCUCAUUUUUAAUAGCCCUUCGCUUUCUAGCAUCUACUGGCCUGAUCCGACUGUGAGCGUGUUUGAUAACGGUAGAACUCGUUAUAAUAGCUCCAGAGUAGCGAUUUUGAGCGAUUUGGGAAGGUUUGAAUCCACGGACAACUUGAAUUUCAAUGCUAUUGAUUAUGGGGUUGGUCCGAAGAGGAGAUUAACGAUGGAUUACGAUGGGGUUUUGAGAUUGUACAGUCUUGAAGAAUCGAGCGGCAAUUGGACAGUCUCGUGGCUUCCGGAUGGGCGGCUUGAUGCCUGUUUGGUUCAUGGGUUGUGCGGAGAAUUUGGGAUUUGUUCGUACAAUCCAUUGCCCACUUGCGUUUGUCCUCCUGGUUUCACCAGAAUUGAUCCUUCUGAUUGGAGUAAAGGCUGUAAACCUUCUUUCAAUCUGACUUGUGAUCCCAACGAUGCGGAUUUCAUUCUUCUUCCUCGGACGGAUUACUAUGGCUAUGACUUGUUGGGUUAUGCCGUGGGAGUCUCCGUUGAAACUUGUAGGAAUUCUUGUCUAAGUGAUUGCCAGUGUUUGGGAUUUGGGUAUUCAACGGACGGCCUCGGUCAGUGUUUUCCAAAAGGCUCGCUUCGAAAUGGGUAUCGGAAGCCCGAUAGCAAUAUUCUUAUGCAUAUAAAGAUUCCAAGAGGAAGAGCCAUCCCUCGAGAAGAGUUUGAUUCGAGUGAUUUGAUAUGCUCUGCCUCCGAGGUUGUUCUGGACUCUGAAAUCUACGAGGAAAGUAGAAAUAAGUUUCGAUAUAUGGGAUUGUUGGUUGGGUUUGUGAGUGUUGUUGGGUUCAUUGAGUUCAUUUUCUUCGGUUUUGGGUGGUGGAAUGUGUUUCGCAAGAGGGUCAAUGAAGAAUUGGUGAAUAUGGGUUACAUUGCUUUGGCCAUGGGGUUCAAAAGAUUCACAUACGCAGAAUUGAAGAGAGCGACGAGAAACUUCAAGCAGGUGAUUGGGAAAGGAGGGUUUGGGACAGUUUACAGAGGAGAAUUGGAGGAUGGGAGAGUUGUGGCUGUGAAGAGAUUAGAAGGGGUUUUACAAGGAGAUGCAGAGUUUUGGGCAGAAGUCAGCAUCAUUGGGAAGAUCAACCACAAAAAUCUAGUGAAAUUGUGGGGGUUCUGCACCGAAAAACACCAUAAGAUGUUAGUUUAUGAGUACGUGAAAAAUGGAUCAUUGGACAAGCUUCUAUUCUUGAAUUCAUCCGAAGAAUUGAGAUUGGAGCAAAGAUACGAGAUUGCAGUGGGAACAGCAAAAGGUUUGUCGUAUUUGCAUGAAGAAUGUCUCGAAUGGAUUCUUCAUUGCGACAUCAAGCCUCAAAAUAUACUUCUCGACGAGGAUUUGGAGCCCAAAGUCGCAGACUUUGGAAUGUCGAAACUUUUUCGUGAGAUCAAUGAAAGUGGAUUCUCAAGAGUGAGAGGGACGAGAGGUUACUUAGCGCCGGAAUGGAUGAUGAACCAAAAAAUCGACGCAAAGGCAGAUGUUUACAGCUACGGCAUCCUUCUUUUAGAACUAGUGAGUGGAAAAAGUGCAUCUAAUUUUAAAUCGUCCACUGUUUAUAGAGACGGAGGAGAAUGGAGUAAUCUAGUAAAGUGGAUGAUCGAGAGUGUAGAAGAAGGAAAUUAUAGGGAAAAAGUGAUUGAUCCUAGAUUGCUAAAGAGCAACGAUAUGAACAAGAUUGAGAUAUUGUUGAAAGUGGGAUUAUUGUGUGUGAUGGAAGAUCGAAAUUUGAGGCCAGCGAUGAGCAGAGUUGUGGAACUUCUCACUUCAUUCGAAUGAUCAAGCCCAAGUGAAGAUCCUUCCGAGUUCUGAUACAACCAUUACAUGAUUGUUGUUAAUUUGAUAUUGUUGUGUAUGAGUUGGUGAUAAGCUAUAUUUUAGGCUACAUUAUUGUAUACCCAUUUGACUUGUAAUAUAUAUAUAUAUAUAUAUAUAUAUAUUUUCUA